AUGAUCGGAGUAACAAUCAUGGCGUUGUUAUCAACAGCGAUAUUGGUGUCUAGCACGAUAGAAUGCUCCGCCGUGACGGCACUGGUCUCCACUUGCUACACCUUCAUCACGUAUGGCUCACCAGACCCCUUCCCGGGGUCUCCAUGUUGCAAUGCCAUGGCCAAUCUCAAGGUUAUUGCUGACACAAUUGAGAAUCGGAGAUUUGCAUGUAGAUGCUUAUUGGGCCUCAUUUCCACAUACAACCCAAAUGCUUAUGCGAUUGCUACUUUGCCCGACUUUUGUCAAGUUUCUUUGGGGUUCAAUAUCGAUCCUAACACUGAUUGCAACUUUGAUGAGGUUAUGUUGAGGGGUUCAAUCCAACCGUCCAAUGUUGAGAAAUUUGUUGAUGAAAUAGUUGUGAAUGACCCCCUCACUAUAACCCCUCAUUACAGCCUCAUUGUCUUUUUCCGACCAAUGUUUAUGGUUUUGGUUUGUGAUGGUGCAGAAUCCUACGAGUUUGGGUAUGCAACUUUAACAGGAGUAGGUUCCGGAAAAUUAGCCAAAUGGAAGACAAAAUAA